GUUCGCAGAUAGAUAAAAUAUCGCCUUGUCAAGGAAUUGAACUGUUUGGGGAUCGAUUGGUCAUAAUUUUCAAGUAGAUCAACAAUUUAUGAUUCUCCAACAUUCAUACAAUCUUUAAACGUCAUGGGGAAGCGUGACACAAGAGUGUCUUAUGUAAACCCAAUUGCCAUGGCAAGGGCUAGAGGACCUAAACCAUCUGCAGGACCGACUAUCCAAGACUAUCUAUCGAGACCCAGACCAACGUGGGAUGAAGUGAAGGGCCUAAUCAAAGAUCAACAGAAUUCUAAAGGUGGUUCCAGUGCUUUGGCAGAAUGGGAAAAACAAAUGAACGAUAAAUUUAAGGAAGAUUUGAAACAAAAUCGAGAAAGAAUUCUAGGAGACUCAUCAACAUCCAAAGAAAAGAAAAAGAAAUCUAAAAAAAGGAAACGUGAGAGGUCACCUUCAUUGUCUUCCUCAACAACAAGAUCUUCUUCCUUUAGCAGAGUGCCAGAAGAAUAUUCUAAGAAAUCUAAAAAGAGGAAAAAGCAUCGUCACCAUAGUAGCAAAGAUGAAGAUGAUAAUCAUGGCCAAAGAAGUUCUCCUGAGGUAUGGUUUUAA